AUGUGGAGGAGGAACCAAAAUAUUUGGUUGUCGACACUGGACCAUAGUCAUCCACAUGUGCUCUCUUCACCAUUGCCCUUUUUUCAUCUUUUUCCACUACUCACCUCCUACCUCGUUCUCAAGCGCAGCAAGUCCACCGCCACAUCCCGAACAAACCACUCCUUCCUCGACGCUGACCACGACCAGGAUUUCUGUCCCAGGAAGAGACACGGCUUCUGGUCCUUUCUUUACCUUUCUUCCAAAUCAUCCAAGAAACUCAACUCCAAGAGCUUCAGGGGCACCAACACCAACACCAACAUCAACGUCAACCACCCGCCCAGGAUCUCUACCAUUAACUCCGCACCAGGAUCUACUUCUGUCAAGCCCAAGGAAAACACUUCCUCUGCUUCUUCUCUCAGGACUGACAUUGUUGUUCAACAGGACACCAAUAACAACAGUAACAGUCCCACUGCUCAUGCCACUUCUUCUAUGGAGCAUAAGGUAUCGAGAUCCAGAUCUGUUGGCUGUGGUAGUAGAAGGUUCUCUGGGGACUUCUUCGAGAAGAUUUAA